GAACGAGCCGGGUCCUGCCCGGCAGCGGCUGCAGCGCGUUCACUCUGGAGCCGACUGAGUCCAGCGGCCGCAGCGGGGCCGAGGGGCUCCGGGGACCCCAGGAGCGGCCCCAGCCCCUGCGGCCCCAGAUGGGGGUCUCGGCGGAGCCGGGCGCGGGCACCGGGGACGCGCCGGAGGCUGUCACCGACCCCGACAUGGAGGCCUUGUUCGAGGAGUUCCUGGGGAAAGAGGUCUCGCCGGAUCUGUCGGUGCCCGCGGUGGCGCCGCCGCAGCCCCGGGGCCGGCCCCACCACUUCGUGCUGCGGGACACGGAGCAGCGCGGGCUCUGCCUGCGCGGGGGGCGCCUGGUGCCCACCCCCCUGCAGGGAGCCAGCGCCGACCAGGAAGAGCCCAUCAGUGUGGUGCCCAACCCGCGCCUGGAGCGCCGGCGCUGCCCCCUCAUCGUGGGCAUCCGGGGGGGCAGCCGGGCCCUGUCCUGCAGCCCCGGCCCCGAGCCCCGCCUGCAGCUCGAGGAUGUGGGGCUGCUGGAGCUGUUCUCGCGCGGGGAGGGGGCCACCCCCUGCACCUUCUACAAGACCUUCGGGGGCUCCACUCACACCUUCGAGGCGGCCGCGUGCCCCGGGGCCUUCCUCAGCACCGCGGGGGGGCAGGAGCUGGGCCUGGCCCCCCCCCCCCGGCGCCACCAGCUUCUACCUGCACCGCAGGUGACCCCCGGCGGGGCCAUGGGGGGGGGCACCCGGCGACACCCCCCUGCGGGCAAUAAAGAGACGGAGCCUGGCUCAGCUUGUGGGGGCGUGUGGGGCGGGACAAGGGCCAUGGGGGGCGGAUGCGGGGCGGGAGCGGGACACGGCGGGGGCGGGACCGCGGCCGCUCGCGCUGAGGGGGCGGGGCCUGGGGGGCGGGGCCAGCGGCAGACACGCCCAGCGGCGCGCGCCGGCGGUGCCGGAGCCGCAGCGCUGGCACCGGCCAUGGGGCUGCCGGGGACCCCCAAAGCCACCAGCAGCACCGGUGACCCCGGCACCAGCAGCACCGGGGUCCUGGCAGCGCAGGACGCCAUCGUCUUCUCAGGGGCGGGUGCUGAAGGGGUGACCCCCCCGACCACAGCACCCACCAUGGCACCCGUCUCACACAAGCACCAAGACCACGGAUCCACAUCCCAGAGCCUCUUCCAUGUAUCCAUGGGUGGGAGCAUCUCAUCCAUGCCCAUGGAUGACAACAUCUUCCACAAGCAUCAAGACCAUGGAUCCACAUCCAAGAGCAUCUUCUACGUUCCCAUGGAUGAGAACAUCUCCCCCAGGUCCAUGUCCAUGGAUGGGAGCAUCUUCCACGAGCACCAAGGCUGUGGAUCCACAUCCCAGAGCCUCUUCCAUGUGUCCGUGGGUGGGAGCAUCCCACAGGAGCACCAUGGCCACGUCCCUAUGGAUGGGAGCACCUUGCCGAGGUCCAUACACACAGACAACAAGAUCUCACCCCAGUCCAUGUCCAUGGAUGGGAGCAUCUUCCACGAGCACCAAGGCUGUGGAUUCACAUCUGAGAGCCUCAUCCACAUGUCCAUGAGCGGGAGCAUCCCACAGGAGCACCAUGGCCACGUUCCUAUGGAUGGGAGCACCUUGCCCAGGUCCAUACACACAGACAACAAGAUCUCACCCAAGUCCACGCCCAUGGAUGGGAGCAUCUCCCACAAGCACCAAGACCAUGGAUGCACACACAAGAGUAUCGUCCAUGCGUCCAUGGAUGAGAACAUCUCCCCCAACCCCAUGUCCAUGGAUGGGAGCAUCUUCCAUGAGCACCGAGGCUGUGGAUUCACAUCCGAGAGCAUCUUCCACGUGCCCACGGAUGGGAGCAUCCCACAGGAGCACCAUGGCCACAUCCCUGCAGAUGGGAGCACCUUGCCCAGGUCCACGUCCACAGACAAGGUCUCACCUAAGUCCAUGCCCAUGGAUGAGAACAUCUCCCACAAGCACCAGGAGCAUGGAUCCAUAUCCGAGAGCCUCUUCCAUGUGUCCAUGAAUGGGAACAUCUCACAGGAACAUGUGCCCAAGGAUGGGACCAUCUCCUACAGCUCCAAGCCCGUGGACGGGAGCAUCUUGCCCAAGGCUGUGACCAUGGAUGGGACCAUCUUACCAGAGCAUGUGCCUGUGGGCAGGACCAUCUCCCCCGGUUCCAUGCCCAUGGAUGGGGCCAUCUCCCCCAUGUCCAUGCCCAUGGGUGGCACCAUCUCCCCCAUGUCCAUGCCCAUGGGUGGCAGCUCCUCGCUCCAGCACCGGGACCCCGAUGGCAGCGACGAGGAGGAUGAUGCUGAUGAAGGCGCCGACAGCGGCUCCGAGGAGGACGAGGACGAGGAUGAAGAUGAGGACGAGGAUGAGGAGCCCCAUUUCCACACCAACCCCCUGUUCCAGAGGCCCCCCCGGCCCCCAGACCCGGAGCUCGGCGCCCCCCCAGCUCUGCCCCCCGGCUCUGGGCACCCCCCUCGGCAGCAGCUGCAAUGGGGGGACUGGGACCCCCUCAGGCCCCCGACACCCACAGACCUCCCCCAUAGGCCCCCCAGCCCCAUAACACCCACAGACCCCCCCCAGCGCCCCCCCAACCCCAUAACACCCAUAGACACCCUCCAGCCCCCAUAG